AUGGCAGUGGAAAUUGAGCCAGCAUGGACAAAGACAUGUCUUUUAACACACUCUGUGACCGCACUCAGCUUAAGUGGAUAUAGUCUAGUGGUGAAAGCCCGAUGUCAAGAAUUACCAGGCCCCAGGUUUUGUGGUCCACUGGCUUUCUUUCCUCAGUGGGAACUGAAACAUUACGAUGUUAUCGUCGGUGUAUUAUCAGCUCGACAUAAUCAUGAGCUGCGGAAUGUUAUAAGGAACACUUGGUUCAAGCACUUGAAACAACAUCCAGCGCUCAGCCCUCGUGUCCUUGUGAAGUUUAUAAUAGGUGCACAUGGCUGUGGUGUUCCGGUGGAGGACAGAGAAGAUCCUUACUCCUGCAAACUUCUGAACAUUACUAACCCAGUUUUGAAUCAAGAAAUCGAAGCAUUCAGUCUCCCUGAAGAUACGCCUUCAGUGCUUUCUGAAGACCGCAUUGUCAGUGUGAACUUCCGAGUUCUUUACCCCAUUGUCAUUACCAGUCUUGGGGUAUUCUAUGAUGCUGAUGGUGUGGGAUUCCAGAGGAAUAUCACUGUAAAACUAUACCAGGCAGAACAGGAGGAAGCUCUCUUCAGUGCUCGCUUUAGCCCACCUAGCUGUGGAGUGCAAGUUAACAGAUUGUGGUACAAACCUGUAGAACAGUUCAUUUUGCCAGAGAGUUUUGAAGGUACUAUUGUGUGGGAAAGCCAGGACCUUCAAGGCCUGGUUUCUAGGAAUCUUCACAAAGUGAUGGUUAAUGAUGGAGGAGGAGUUCUCAGAGUCUCUACGACAGGGGAAGGUUCAUGGCCACAUGAAUUCACAGACGGUGUGGAAGGAAUAGCAGGAGGCUUUAUUUACACUAUUCAAGAAGGUGAUGCUCUUUUACAAAGCCUUCAUACUCGCCCUGAGAGGUUUGUAAACCACUUAAAAAACCUUGAAGAAGAGGAUGCAUUAUUGAAGGAAGAAAGCAGCGCCUAUGAUGAUAUUGUUUUUGUAGACGUUGUUGACACCUACAGAAAUGUUCCAGCCAAAUUACUGAACUUCUACCGAUGGACAGUAGAAUCAGCUAACUUUGAUUUGUUGCUGAAGACAGAUGAUGACUGUUACAUAAAUUUGGAAGCUGUGUUCAACAGGAUAAUGCACGAAAAACUCGACAGGCCAAAUAUCUGGUGGGGCAAUUUCAGACUAAAUUGGGCAGUUGAUCGGACAGGGAAGUGGCAAGAACUGGAAUAUCCCAGUCCAGCAUACCCCGCCUUUGCCUGUGGGUCUGGUUAUGUUAUCUCCAAAGACAUUGUUCAAUGGUUGGCAAGCAACUCUGACAGACUCAAGACAUACCAGGGUGAAGAUGUGAGUAUGGGCAUUUGGAUGGCAGCUAUAGGGCCUAAGCGAUAUCAGGACAGCCUCUGGUUGUGUGAGAAGACAUGUGAAACUGGAAUGCUGUCUUCCCCUCAGUAUUCCCCACAGGAACUAACAGAGCUCUGGAAAGUGAAGGAAUUAUGUGGAGAUCCUUGUAGAUGUGAGGAAAGAUGAUAAAGACUUGUGACGAUACCACCUUAGUAGUCCUGAUUGUGUGUUUAAUAGUG